AUGUCUGGUUCAGGUGCUUCCGGUAACAAAUUCCGUAUGUCGUUGGCUUUGCCAACUGGUGCAGUCAUGAACUGUUGCGACAACUCUGGUGCUAGAAACUUGUACGUUUUGGCCGUUAAGGGAUUCGGUGCUAGAUUGAACAGAUUGCCAGCUGCUUCCGCUGGUGACAUGGUCAUGGCUACCGUCAAGAAGGGUAAGCCAGAGUUGAGAAAGAAAGUCAUGCCAGCUAUUGUUGUUAGACAAGCUAGACCAUGGAGAAGAAAGGAUGGUGUGUACUUGUACUUUGAAGAUAAUGCUGGUGUCAUCGUCAACCCUAAGGGUGAAAUGAAGGGAUCUGCUAUCACUGGUCCAGUUGCCAAGGAGUGUGCUGAUUUGUGGCCACGUAUUGCAUCAAACUCUGGUGUGGUUGUUUAG